AUGGAUAUCCUGGCCUUUGAGGAUAAUUCCGGAAUCAUAAGAGAUGACAAGGAAGCCCGCUUCUGGAAGUCGGCACACGAGCGGUCGAUCUUGAUUGAGAAGGGUUUCCACAAAGAGCCAUAUGUCCCUGAUAUUUUCCACUGGGUUACUUCUGAGCACAGUGUCAAGCCUAGCUUUUCUAAGGUUCGAGGAGACCUGUGCCUCGUAGUUGUCACGGAUGGUGACACGAUAGCGAUUGUGCUCACAUGGCUACUUUACGAACUUAUAGAACACCCAGACGUUCUCAGGAAAUUACGCGAAGAAACUGAUCACGUAGUAGUCGAGAAGGGUGGGGCGGAGAAGCUCGAUAAUAGUUCGUGGGCCAAGUUGGAGUAUUAUCAAGCCGGCAUCGAUGAGGCACUAUGUCUUUAUGCCCAUCAUUCUUCAGGCUUGCGACGUAUGACACCGCCCGAGGGCGCACCGAUCUGUGGAAGGUGGAUACCCGGCAAUACUUCCAUGAUAAUGCCCUCCUGA